AUGGAUAUAAUAAGUAGAUGUGAUUCCAGCUUAAAGGAUCUCGUUAUUACUGCUUCACGAAAUUCAAAGGACAAAGUUCGCCAACUGAUUUCUAAUUGUAUAGCCUCUUUAAGGAAUAUCAAAAAUUUACAAUCUUGCAGUACUUUCCUUGAUGAAUUUCUUUCACAUGCUCAGAUACUUGCUAAAUGCAGGCCAAACGAUGGCAAUCAUGCUAAAAAUGUCAAUGACUUUUUAGAAUUCGGAAAAUUUUUGUUAGAAAGUAUAGAUAUUUCCAAAGACCAGAAAGAAGUUCAAUCUGCUCGUGCUUUAUACCAUGCUUGCUUAUCUAUUACUCAAGAACAAACAGAUCAUUACUCAUUUAUUUUCUAUCCUCCUUACACACAUGAAAUUUUUGAAUAUCCAAGUGUUUAUACAUUCAACUAUGAGUACCGUGAUCGAAUCCUCAUCCCUCUUUUCAAACUUACUGAUACUAAAACCAAUUUUAUCAUUUUUACUUCAGAUGACGAGAGUUUGAUACAUGAAAACGCAUUAUGGUUCUAUAACCAAUACACAGAACUCGAUAUUGUUACAGAUCUCAAUAGUUUACAAACAGCAUUUAACGAAGAUCGAAAAGUUCUCGCUUUCAUUUCAGUUUUCGACGCCACAACAUUCAUGAUACAAAACAAUGGUAAGAAGACACCUAAAAUGAUGGUUGUUUACCACGCAAUUGACCAUAAAAACAUCAAAUACUUUAGUAUCUUAGAUGUUGUCAGAAAAAUACGCAGGGAACGUCGUCUUAAGUUCAUUCUAUCACUUGCUAAUCCCAUUAAUGUUGGUUUCGAGGUUUCUGAGACAGAACAAUUAAAUAUUAAUCUUGAAUUUUCACAAAAAUCUCAAAUUGAAGCACUUUCAUAUGCUACUAACAAUAGGAAUAGAUAUGGAUCUAAGAUUGUCUACUUUGUUGACUCUUUAUUCGAUGUUCAGAACAUAAUUAACGAAUACCAAAAACAAACAUCGAAUUUAACAGUCAUUUCACCGGAAAAGACACCAGAAACAAGUGCCAAAGACAUUCUAUCAUUGUGUCAGAACAAAUCCUGUUUAAUUCCUUUGUUUUCGAACAUCAAAUCCCAUUUGAAUUUGUUUAACACUCAAAAUCCCAAUUCUUCCAUUUUUGUUUUGUUUGUUUUCGGAGAUACACAGAGCUCAAUCAUGAAUUGUAGUUUCGCAAUCAAUGGCUGCAAAAAUGAUAUGAAUUAUAUGUAUAAAAUUUCAAAUGUUCAUGGAAAUUAUAAUUAUCUUGUUUUGGAAAGUGCUGAACAAAGAACUAAGACAAGAGAAGAAAGAAAUUAUGAUACAAUAAUCGAGGAUUACUUGAAUGAUGAUGAAUUCGAGGGAUUCCAUGAACAAAAAGUGUCAAAUUUGACAGUUUUGAACAAACUCAUUCAAUUUUUGUCAAAAAAUUAUAUGGGAUUUUUCACAGAUUUCCAAACGAAUUCUCUCAUGAUGAAUGCAAAUUUGGAUUCGGAUUUCAUUACUAUUAUCAAUUGUUUGUCACAAAUAUUCGAAUCCAAUGAAAACAACAGAAUUCUUUUGAUAAAAGAAAUCGGAAUUUCUCUCAGAAAAUUGUGCCAACUUGAAUUAAUUUUGACAAAAAGUGACAUCAGAAAUCUCAUUUCUCUUAAGAAUUCUGACACUUUACAUGAUCAAAUCAACGCAGAGAUUGUCAAGCAGUUUGCACGAAAUAAAGCAAAGAGAAGUGAUGUUUCUGUUUUCCAGAAAAGACCAGGAUUUUCUGACAAUUUUUAUCCAGAAAAUUUCUAUUAUUUGUGUGAUAAUUACACAUUUAUUCAUUCCACUGAUAAGAACAACUACACGUUCAUUGACUGUCCAGGAUGUGUCCAUUCUGCUUAUUUCACAAUGAUUUUUGAUAUGGUUUAUCCAAACAUGAAAUUAAAAGUUUAUCAAAACAAAAUUGUAAUUGAAGAUCAAAAGAUGCGAAACAUGAUUGAAAAAACAGUUAAAGACAUUGCCUCAAUCAUGCCAUUUGUUGGUGAAACAUUGUUUGCUAUUGAAAUCAUGAAUAACAUCAGUUUGGAAUUGAUUUCAAUUGGCGAUCAAUUUUUCACAAGACUUCUUGAAACAAAUUCACUUUUCUUUUACAAAUUUGAUAAGCAUUGUUUUGAUUAUUGUUUGAAGAAUAUCAAUUUGCUGAAUGAUCCAGGCAAAUCAUUGAGAAUUUCAUACGUUGACAAAAUCCUUCCUCUUCUUUUAGUUUCAGACAAAGAUCUUAAACUUCCAUCACAAGUCAUCCAUUUCACUCAAAAUCCAAAGAUCGAAUAUGUCUGUGAUUUAAGAGAAUUAAGUCAACUUGAGAAAUGCGACAUCGAAUUAGAUGACGGCGAAAUUGCAGUUGAUGAAGUUAUCUUCAAUCCUCCUGCUUCUAAAUUCCAUCCAAGUUUAUUCAACUCAGAAGGUGCCGUUGAAUUUCUUCUUGAAUACUUAAGAGAACAUGAUAUCAUUUGUUUCCCUGAUAACAAUAAAAUCGGUAUGUCAUGGCGUGAUGCACAAAAAGCUCGUAACAUUUUAGAAGAAGAUGAAGAAUUUAAUCCACCAUUCAAAACAUUGAACAUCAAUAAAGAUGCUUCUCUUUCAUUAGUUAUCAGCAAAACUAGUGAAAUCUCACCAUAUUGGGUUGUUGACAGUCAACGAAAACUUUUGAUUGUUCCAGAAUACGAAAGUGAAACCGCUAAAUCUAUUUUGUCAGAUUUUGUUUAUGAAAAUGAAAUCGAAGAUUUCGAUGACGUCAAAGUAUUUGGAUGCACCGAUAUGUGUACUAAUCCAGAAGAAAGUAAGAAUUACAUUGUUGCAUAUGAUGUUAAAAACAAUACAAGUCAAGCGAAACAUUUUUGUUUGACAUGUUUAGAAAAGUUUUUACAUGAUGCUUUUAAUGAAAACAAAGGAAAUACUAAGUACAACCAAAUGCCACGUGCUAUCAACUUCGAAGGAUACUCACCUAUUGGUCAGAUGUUCUUUUCUCUUUCAGAUGAGAAAGUCUACAGUUUGAUGCAGCGAUGGCUUAAAUCAGUCAUCAUUGUUACAUUGCAUACAUCUCCAGGCAAAAUCUACUUCUGUCCAGAUCACGAAGAAACAGUCUAUGAUUUCAAGAAGAACUUAGAGUGUCCAAUCUGUCAUAAGAGAUUCUGCAACAAGUGCAUGACACACCACAACAAAGGCGAGAUUUGCAAGAAAGACUUAGAAGAAAAUCUUCCAGAAACUGACAUGAUGAAGAAAUGUCCACGAUGUGGCAUUAUGGUCUUCAAAGAGUCAGGCUGCAAUCGAUUGACAUGCCGCUGUGGUGCAAGUUUCUGCUGGAGAUGCAAAGCAUGCUUUAAUUCAGAAGGUGAAUGUUAUGCUCAUUUGCGAUCUGUCCAUGGUGGCUGCUGGUAA